CGAGUAUGUAAAAAGUACCAACUGUCCACUGAUAAAUAAGUAGUGAUUAUUCAGUUACUUCACAACAGGGAAGUCUCCAGGUAUACAUUAUAAACGGUUCAAAGAAAGUCGUAUUAGGGAGCGUUAAGUGUGUAGAAUUACAAGUAAACACACUCUUGGAUACAGAUAUAAUGGGUCGAAAGGCCAAAUCAGUUGAUGUGAUGGUUGCCGACAAAGAUGCGGUUGUUAAAUCGUCUACUCUGCACGUAGCUAAAAACACUCCUAUGGGUAAAACUGUCGAUUCCACACACCCUGACAUGGUCAUUGAAUCCGACUAUGAUUGCAUGAGUGUGACUACGCAAAGCAGCAGUAUCUCACAGGAGGUUGAAGAUAGUAAUUCUCUGGCACCACUCAAUACAUCUCUGCGUAUAAGCGAUGCUGAAUCCGAUUCGGGCGCGUUGCUUAUUCCGAAUUGCUUGGAGCCGUAUGUACUGGACAAUGAUGUGUGCAAGGGCAGAGCUAUACUCAAGCUAAGAAGAACACCCGAGGAUGCUACUGUCGAACCAUACUUCAAGGGUCGCAAGCGCAUGUACGAGAUACAAGUAGAGGGUGAACUUAAGAACAUUGAGACAGAGAGGAUAUAUGUAGGUAUACAGGGAAGUGGACCCAUGCCGUUGCAAGGCAUGUUCUCCUGGGCUGCAGCCAAGUGUGUGACAGCACUUAUACGUAGUACUACAACGAAUUCGCAUGUGAGUCUGGGGAAUAAGGAUGAAGUGUGCCACAUCUCGUUACCUCUACAUACUACAGCCGAUACAUUCAUCAUCACUAAGAAGGGCGACCCAUUGCCACCGUUGGGUGUUGAUGAAUUCCCGCAGGAGAAAGCUAUACCACGAGCAGAGCGAGCUAAACGCAUAAAGGGCCACAAGCCAGGAGAGAUAUACAGUUUUUCGAUGCACGGCAUGUACCUCGAUCUUGAGGCGUGGAGGUUGGUAAACGUGCCUAAGGUGCCUCCUAUCUGUAUGGCACGGUUCCUGGGUAAUCUGCCCAUGUAUUUCGUAGCAUAUGUAUUGCCGAAGGGAUAUGUGGGUCCACAUAGUGAAAAGGUCAAGGAGUACCUUUUUAAGUUCCGUAUAGAGCACACAGAGAUGAGCAAGAGCGCUUAAACACGUGUGACGGUAAAUAGCAUAACAAUAGCCCCCAUUUAAUAGCAAUAUACUGCCACCAGUUGUUUUUGGUAAAGUAAGAAUAACAGUGAACGCAGAGAGUGCCGCCCGGAAGUGUGAUGUGCUGAAGCGUUGUUAGUUAUAUAAUAGAUCGGAUUUGUCUCGAAUAAAGAAUAUACCUCACACGAGAGAUGAAUGCCUGGCACAUGUCUCGAAUAGCGAACGAC